AUGAAGACCUUUAGGACAGUUCUGUUUUGCAUUGGCACCCUCUCCAUUGCCUCAGCGGCCCCAGCGGGACGGGACAGCUCAGCACAACCUACCGAAUAUGAAUACGACUAUGAAAGUUCUGCUCAGCAACAAGUCCAAGAACCCCAAGAGUCGGCUAGUCAUUACGACGCCUACAUAUCAGAUGUCCAGGCCGCAGCUAGCGGGGACCCGCCCAAGAAGGGCUUCAGUAGAGGCAGCGGUCUAAGAACUAUAGCUGUUGGGUCAGCAAAUCAAGCAAAAACAGCGCUGGGGAAUCAAGCGGCUGCUGGAUACCAGGCGGCUUAUAUGGCUAAGAAUACGUUAGCACAAUCGGCUGCACAAGCUAGUGCUACAGCGCAGGCGGCGCUUGCUGGUAAACAAGUUAUCCUGUCGGGAUUAGAGCAGCAAGUGAGAGACGCGAAGGUUGGACUACAAGGAGAGGAGAUGCAGCUGCAACAGGCUAAACGGGCUGCACAGUCGGCGGCGCAGGCAGCUCAACAGGCUAUGCACCAGGUGAAUGUGAUCCAAGCUGCCUUGAAUGCCGCGCAAGCCACCUCAGAAAAUGCCAAUGAGGCAGCUUCUCAAGCGGCUGGUGAACUUGGAGCACAAACUGCCAUGGUGGGCGCCGCCAGACAACGACUACACACACUCCAGGAGCAGCUCAAGGGCGUCAGGAUCGACUUCGAGGCCACACAGGCUGCGGCUAGGAAGGCACAGGCGGCUGCUCAAGCGGCUCAAGCUAACGCAGCUGAAGCAGCGGCGAAGGCAGCAGCAGCUGGCCUCGGCGGUGGUCACAAACACGGGGACGCGUCCCACGAAGGUACGACUUAUGAAGAGUACAAAGCAGCACCAGCCCCAGAACAGCAACACCCCCAACAUCCUCAACAAGAAUACUACAUUCAGUCGGACUACCACCACUAG